AUGUUUUACGAAGGAGAUUUGCAGAGCGGUAUAGCCCUCGCGGUCAGCGAGGCAAAGCAUGUUAUCUGUCUGGUCAAAGAUGAGGCAGAUGAAAGCUCGAAAUGGGAGAACGAGUACCUAGCGGAUGAGGAGAUCUCAUCAUUGAUGAAGAAGACAGCAAUUUCUCUACGGCUCCAGGAGGGCUCUGUGGAAGCAGGUUACCUGGCCUCGUUCUGCCCUAUAAACAAGGUGCCAACUUUGGUGGUUAUCAAAAACGGCGCACUUCGAGAAUAUCUCGUGUCUGGAAUUGAUGGGAGGGAUUUCAAACGUCGAUUGGAGAAAGCACUUGAAGACCCCUCUCCUCAAACUCCAAUUCCAGCUCCAGCUCCUCAGGUAGUCCCAAACCCACCCCAAAUGGACAACAAGACCCCCCCGGCAGAAAACACACCAUCCUCAUCCUCACCUAUUGCAACACCUGUUUCAGACGAUGACUCGGAAGCCACAGAGGAGCAGAGAACAGCUGAGAGGACAAGGAGGGCAAUCAUACGGGCUGGCAAACGACGAGCUGAAAUGAUCCCAGAUGUCGAAUCACAACAGCCCCUACCAGUUGUUGAAUCGCAAGCUCAAAGCUGGAAGUUAGAACAACGGAAACGACAACGAGAGAAAAAAGAAGAGCAUGAUCAAAUAUUAAAUCAGAUUAGUCUAGAUAAUGAGGAGCGGAAAAGGCAAGAAUCUCGCAGAGAAUCGAUGACUUCAACCAGGAGCGAAAACAGCCCCCCCACACCGGCAGCUAAUCCACAGCCACAACGUACAUCAAACCAAUUCCGCCUACAAAUACGGCUCUUCGACGGAAGCUCAGUUCGCUCAAGUUUCUCACCCACUCAAACAAUCCAACGCGACGUUAGACCGUGGUUAGAUAAUCAGCGCUCCGAUGGCAACGCGCCGUAUAAUUUAAAACAGAUCCUCACCCCGUUCCCCAGCCGGAACAUAUCGGACUCGGAGGAACACCAGACGCUUGAGGAGCUUGGUCUCGGCCCGGCUUCAAAUCUAGUUAUGGUUCCCGUGCGCAGCUACACAGAUGCAUAUUCGUCUGUGGGACUCUCCCUCCCUGUGCGGGGGCUAUAUGCCGGUUAUACCCUCGUCAGCAGCACGGUUGGUGCUGUGGCGGGUGCCAUACGUUCGGUCCUGGGGUUGUCUCAAGGGCCCGUUGGAGACGCUUCUGCUGUAGCAAAUGAGCCACGAACUCCGGAGACUCCGGCUGGAACUGGUUUGCAGCCAGGGAGGAGCAAUGGAAGAUCGAAUGUGAGAACCUUAUAUGACAAUGAUGAUAAUGGAAAGCAACAUCAAUUCUAUAAUGGAAAUCAGGUGAAGAAUGCUGACGCUCCCCGCUCUCCCUGCUCUCCACAGCUGAAUUUCGAACCCCGCAAGGAUGAACACCAGGAUUAG